UCUCCACCCAAGGUAGAGUAAAGCCGUUUAAUUAUCUCGGUAUAAUUCUGGUCCAGUUGAUUUCGGGCAUAUACGCGUCUCACGCUGCAAUGAGGAUGCAGUUGGUGGACGUGAAGGCGUGGCUGGACACGGUGGUGCGGUGGGCGGCCGAGAGCCCCGGGGAGUUCAUCUACUACGUGCUGCUGGGUCUGUCACCCUUCUUCCUCAUAAGUGCCUUCCUCUCCUGGAAGCUGGCCAAGCACCUCGAGGCAGAGGACAAGCGCAAGAAGCAACGCUCCAAGAAGAAGGCCAACGUUGCCGAGACCAGGAGAACCAAGUCGGACUAGGUUCGGUCCCCUUGGAUGACCGGGACCAGGUGUCAGGGCCUCUUGGAGAAGAACUUGGAUCAGGAUGUCCAAUUCUGACUAGACUAGUAGACUUGGCCCUCUUGGAAGACCGGGACAAAGUACCAGGACCAAGUGCCAGGGUCUGACCAGUCUUGAUCCUCUUGGUUGACCAAUACCAAGUACCAGGACUUCUUGGCCAGGAUGACAGAGUCUGACUAGGCUCGACCCCCAGGACAAGGACUUGGACUAGGAGGACCAAGUUUGACUAGACUCGGCCCUCUUGGAUGUCUGGGACAAAGUGCAAGGACCAAGUGCCAGAACCUCUUGUACCAGGAGGCUUGAGUCUGACUAGAGUUGAUCCUCUUGGAAGACCAGGACGAAGCACUGGGACUAUGUACGAGGACCUUUUGUACCAGGAGGCCCAGUGCUCUUGGUUGACCAGUGAUCCUCUUGGUUGACCAGGACCAAGUACCAGAACUUCUUGGCCAGGAGGAUCAAGUCUGACUUGGCUUGAUCCUUUUAAAAGAUAAGGACUUGGACUAAAAGGAUCAAGUCUGACUAGACUCUGUCCUCCUGGUCAACCUUCAGGCUGCCACUGCACUGGUCCAAGCUGCACUGUGAAUUGGCUUGGUGGUGACACCUCUUGACCGCCACCACUGGGCUGGCUUGCCUUACAUGGAAGGCGCCUCCCUUUUCAUACCACUUCAGAGACUGCGUUGUCGAGGCUUGGACACCCACAAAUUGCCAUAUUUACUCAAAUAAUUUUAGCGCCGUUUACGAACAAUGCCAAUGCACCCACUUCUGCGUGUAGUAUCAGUUUCUUGAAGUCUACCAAAGAAGCUUAACUAAUGAUGAGGCAGAGAUGUAGGUUCCCUCAGAGAAAUGAUAUCUGCAUUUCAACACUGAGCACAGAGUUUCAAUUGUCUAGAAUUUAGUGGAGAUAUCAUUUUC